AUGAAGGAGGGGUAGUAGGCGGAAGACCAGACUGGGAUGCCAAGACUAAGUCUUUCACUGUGAUUAAGGGCGUGGGUCGACUGGCAGAACUCAAAGAAAGCCUCAAAGCCCGCAGAGACAAGAACAGGACGUCCUCAUCCACACUAUCCACCAGAAAGGCGACUGUUGGGUGUCAGGGUCCACAGAGGGGACAAGGGAGCCAGAGGGGAGCUGCACUGGAUGAGCCAGGUCUUCAGCCACCCAAAGGCUAGGACAGUGUAAGCAGAGGAGCAAGCGGACUCCCGGGCAGCGCCAGACGCGCAAGUGCAGGGGAGACGCGCCUGCACGCUGGUCCGCCGCCUGUGACCUCUACUUUCACCUGGGAAGCUGGGCGGAGGAGUUACGGGGGAGCCCACGGAACUGACUAGCAAAGCGAGAUAAGUCUGUGGUCUCCAUGAUCCUUCCGCCCUCUGUUCUCUUCCUGGUCCAUUUCAUGCUCCACAGCUGCACUCCAGAGGUGGGGCGAGGAAAGCCAUGGAGGAGCCUAGUGCUCAGUGCGCCUCACCGCCGCCAGUGGGCUCCCAGACAGGGGCUCCCCCAGACAACCUCUCGGCGGCGUCGCCCUCCCUCAACUGUAGCGUCCAGGGCUACAUUUACCAGGACUCCAUCGCCCUGCCCUGGAAAGUCCUGCUGGUUGCGCUGCUGGCGCUCAUCACCUUGGCCACUACGCUCUCCAACGCUUUUGUGAUCGCUACGGUGCAUCGCACGCGGAAGCUGCACACCCCGGCUAACUAUCUGAUCGCUUCCCUGGCAGUCACUGACCUGCUCGUGUCCAUCCUGGUGAUGCCCAUCAGCACCAUGUACACUGUCACUGGACGCUGGACUUUGGGCCAGGUGGUCUGCGACUUCUGGCUGUCGUCGGACAUCACCUGUUGCACUGCCUCUAUCAUGCAUCUGUGUGUCAUCGCUCUGGACCGGUACUGGGCCAUCACGGAUGCAGUGGAGUAUUCUGCUAAAAGGACUCCAAAGAGGGCGGCGGUCAUGAUCGCGCUGGUGUGGGUCUUCUCCAUCUCUAUCUCGCUGCCGCCCUUUUUCUGGCGUCAAGACAAAGCGGAGAUGGGCUGUUUCGUGAACACGGAUCACGUCCUCUACACGGUCUACUCCACGGUGGGGGCUUUCUACCUGCCCACCCUGCUCCUCAUCGCCCUCUAUGGCCGCAUCUACGUGGAAGCGCGCUCGCGAAUUUUGAAACAGACACCCAGCAGGACCGGCAAGCGCUUGACGCGAGCCCAGCUGAUAACCGACUCCCCAGGAUCUACCUCCUCGGUCACCUCCAUUAACUCUCGGGCUCCCGACGUGUCCAGCGAGUCCGGGUCGCCUGUGUACAUGAACCAAGUCAAAGUGCGAGUCUCGGACGCCCUCCUAGAAAAAAAGAAACUGAUGGCCGCUAGGGAGCGCAAAGCCACCAAGACCCUGGGGAUCAUUUUGGGAGCAUUUAUUGUGUGCUGGCUGCCCUUCUUCAUCAUCUCCCUGGUGAUGCCCAUCUGCAAGGCCUGCUGGUUCCACAUGGCCAUCUUUGACUUCUUCAACUGGCUAGGUUAUCUCAACUCCCUCAUAAACCCCAUCAUCUACACCAUGUCCAAUGAGGACUUCAAGCAAGCAUUUCAUAAACUGACUCACUUUCAGUGCACAGGCGGACUUGCCAAGUGCAGUGGGGUCGCCUAAGUGACCUCUGGGGACCAAGUUGGGUAUUUCCACAGGUAGGUCGAAUCUUCUUUCCCUGUUACUGGGUGGAAGCAAAGCGCUCGCGCUCUCUCGCUCUCUCUCUCUCUUUCUCUCUCCCCCCCCCCCCCCCCCCCCCCGUCUCUCCUGGGAAAGGCCAAUGGAUUCUGAGAAGCCAGGAAGCUCUGGGAGAGAGCUGAAGGAAGGAGAACUGCCUAAACUAAUGUAAAGCUGAGGAGAAGGUUGGCUUACUCUCCUCAAACCUGGGCUCAGCGCAUAUCCUGCAGCAGCCAAUCAAUCGCACAGGGGUGUGACUUUUUAGCGCUAAGGAAGGAUGGGCACCCUACCCCUUCUGGUGUCACGGAUGAUGCCCUCUAAGCCAGCUGCACUUGUAGUUGUUGUAUGAAGCCUGUCAGAGACAGAUCUGCGCACAGCCUGGCAGUACUUGAACUAAAUUCUUAAUACCCUGUGAUUUGGGAAGAACUUUAUGUUACAGCUUAAUUUGAGAACAUUUGCUUUGGCAUACUUCAGUCUUCAGUUGUUAUUGGUUUAAAUUUGGUUGGAGAAUCGUGUGGACCUGGUGCUUCAAACCCUAAUUGUGGCAUGAAUGACACAGAGACAUAGGGAAGAGUUAACAGCAAAAUUCUCAUGCUAAGAUUUCUAUUUUUAUUACAACUGAAACCAUAU